UAAUAAUAAAUAAAUAAAACAGAGAUUCUCAGUUCAAACAUUAGGAAUUAUAAAUAAAAAUACUACUUUAUGGCAUAUUUGUGAGCUGAAAGAAAGAAAUAGGAUAUGGGAGGAAUUAAUUUACACUAAAUUAAUUGAUUGUAAAUAUAAUUUUAAAAGUCAGUGAUCUUUGCAAGAUCCAACAUCAGAGGCAUGACUGUAUUGUAAAUUCCUGGAAAAUACCUAAUGAUUGUUCUGAAUACCUUUGCACUGAUAGUAUAAAAAUAUAUUGUUAUAUUUGUUUCCCCCCAAAAAAAUUCAGGAAUAUGACAGCACUCCAGUGCUAAAUAAAUAAAUAAAAAGUUUACAUAUAUAAUCUGUCAUUUGAUCUAUGAACAACUUACAAUCAAUCAAGUUUUUGAGUAAAAGCCUCACAAACCACAUGAAUUACUGUAAAAAAAAAAAAAACUUAAUCUGAAUUUAAAGUUUUCAGUACACAGUUGAAACAGUGUCUUAAACAACAACAAAGAUGUGAACAUUGAAUGAGUUUUGAACUAAUCAACUGGUCAUAUACAUAUACAUUCACAUACACACAUAAACUCUCUCACAUACAUUUUUGCACCCACUGUAUAUGUCAGUGCAUACAGUCAUGUACAAUAAAUAGAUACACAGACACACGCAAAUACACAUGCUCACAGUGUGUUUUCUCUGUUCUGUUUUAUCCAUUUGUUUAUUUAGGUGUUUUUACCCAUAAAGGCCUAACCAGUGAAAGGGGCUGCGAAAUAGCUUUAGCUGAACACCCUCUAUACAUUACAUCUGUUGCAUUUCUUUUACUUAUUUAAUGUUUAUCUGUAUUGUCCCAUUCAAUUAACAAACAAAUACAUAAAUAAAGCUUGUGUCAUGUAAUUCUAGGCUGUAGCGGCAGUGGUACAAACACACAAUGGGUGCUCUUCAGAAACCACAUAGAUAAACUAAGACUGUUGCAAAGGCAGUGUGACCUGUGAGAAACAGUGUUUUGAAAAUGUUGAUUAUGCACAGUUUCGAUCACUUCUAUCCAUGAGUUCAACUGUAGCAAACACAAUACCAUAUGCUGCAACUCAUUUUUAUACUUGUGCUUUAUGUCUCCAAGCAAUAAGAACCAAUGAACAUAGAGCAAUCUGACUGCUUCAUACAUGUUGGUUUGCCUGAAAACCUUUGUUGCUGGAGUCUCUGUGGUGGUAGAGGAGUCGGCUAGUACUAGUGCCAUGCUAGGUCGGUUUUAAGCUGCAUUUGUGUCGGCGGCAAUUAACUAAUCUAGCAUCCUAUGUCCUGUGGGGGUUGUGAAGUAAUCUUGAAUGGCGUAAUAAGAUUUCAGUGUCUACUACCAUCUAUUGACUAGUGCUAGGUGGCCAAGGAUCCCUCAUCAACAGCAACAUGUUGGACUUGGAUGCAGCAAAGAAACAGACAACAUACAGACUAUGUGAGGAGGUGGGAUUCUAUUAACAAUGGACUAAAACAGGAACGCUGUUACUGGACAGAAACAGUGGACCUCCACCAUCCUGCCAUGGAGGGGUCAACUGCAAAAAAAAAACCAGGAUAUGGACAUCACAAAAAAGAGAUCUCUGUUGGCCACCCGCCGCUGUACCGUCAGUCCACAGCAGACUGGAGUAGUGACGAGCCCGUUCAGCCCAGGAGACUGAAUGGUUCCUCAGUGGAGACACCCAGCCACCAGGACCUGCACCGGGAGCUGCUGCUCAGCCAUAAACGGGGCCUGCUGCUGGAGGAGAAACCGGAGCUGAAGCGAGUGCUGGAGCAGCGCAGACUGGAGCUGCACAAGGAGGAGGAGAUGGCACAACGGCGGCCCUCAGAUCUGGAGACGGAGCUCCGCAAGAGGCAGCAGAAGCUGGAAGAGGAGGAGAUCAGGCAGCGGGAGAACCAGCAGAAGAUCCCAGAGUUUGUCCGUGUGAAGGACAACCUGAGGCGAACACAGACGUCUGAGCAGUGAGGCUCCAAGGCUCCCAUCAGCCCCUGCAGCAUCCCACCAUAGUGGCCCUAUCUUUAUGUUCACUGUCUGCUGAGUUACAUAUAUAAAAAAACGUCACAGAGGCACCAGCUCACUACACAUCUGUUAAUGAAAUUUAAAUAUCAGAAUUUGUGUAAGAAAUCCUGGAUAUCAGGAAACACAAUAUUAUUCAGAAUUAUGUGAACCAAUAUGUGUUAAGGGAAAGCUACUACUGUUCAGAGGCUUGAUAUUUUUUAUGUUUUUUAUGGUCAUUAUACUUUUUCUUUUUUCAAAUCAACUUAUCGUGCUUCUUCCUUGAUUAAACGAGCAUGAGACUGUUUAAUUGUUUGUUUAGUGGAAGGGCCACAUUAGUCUAAUUCUUUACUUUCAAUAAGACGGUUAUGUAAUUGUUAACAGAGAUAUUUCUCAACAGAACUUUUGUAUCAGUAGAAAUCCCACCAGUGUUACAAAUUUGCAUGUUUGUUUAUCUGUUUCUGUCAUGACUUUUGAUUUUUAGUGUGUCCGUGUGCUGUGGAAAUAAAGGCUUUAUGGUUUGCA